AUGAUGUGCCGCAGUGUGGUAUCCAUCGUCGUCAUCGUCUAUAUCCGCCCUGUGCUUGCAGGAUUGAAACGGCCGGACCAAGAUAAGAAAGCAUGGGAACCGAAGCUCAUUGCUGCCUCAAACGGCAUCAAUUACGAUUUUUUCGCGAAUGGGAACGGUGUCGUGAGGAUGGAUGGUCGUUCUGAAUGCUACGGGAAGUGGCAGGAUGCAGAGAUAUAUGGUGCCCGGAAAAAAGCGAUAAAACAGUUUUGUGUGAGAAUCCACGAGAAGCAUCAAGACGAUGAUGGUUACAAGUCACUUCCCAGAGAAUACUAUUGCGUAUUUGACCCGAACGACAAGGGUAACGAUCACGGGGUGAGGAAUCGUGAUUGGCUGUAA